ACAAGGCUGGGAUACCUCAAGACGAAUACCCACCUUUCAUCUAAUCAAUUCCCUCAGCGGUCCGUACCUAUGAUCUUACACCAGCGUCACCUUUGUGAUGUGCCCUGCAGGGAUCCUGUUUUUUUUUUUUUUUUUUUUUUUUUUUCCAGUUUCCUGGGCUUUGCCCGAGUCAUACAGUGACGGGUCUCUACAGAUGCCUCGGAAUAACAAUAACUUGAAGAAACGUUGUGCGAGUGACGGUGCGACACACUUUACGGGCGGUGGCUUUGCCCUGAUACAUUUGUUGUACGAUGAACAAUAGGGUCUCCGUCACCCAACAAUAUCAACAGUAAGUAAGUCUGGACGAAGACAAACCUCGG